AUGGCUACCUCCAAGCCCACCUUGAGGCCGGGGCGGGGCGCCGGGCUGGCGUCACCAGGACAACGGGCGUCGCCGGCGCCGUGUGACUCCGAGCUGUGGGCGCGCUCGCGGCCAUGGUCCGGCGUUGGGGGUGGUGGUGGAGGGGCGCGCACCGGGACGCUGUGCUCUCUGACGCUCCGCGUCUUGAUCACACACCCGGGACCUCCACUCUGUGGACCACCCCGACGCCGUGACGCUGUUCGGCCGGAGCGUGCCCGGGAAGCCACCAGAGGGUGUGGUUACAUAGAUACCCACACUCUUCAGUCUGCGUACUUCGGAUUGCUUUUAUGCCAUGAUGUCAAUACCGUUUUCUCAAGCAAUGAUGAUGGCCUUAUCAACAAAAAGUUACCCAAGGAACUCCUGCUAAGAAUAUUCUCCUUCUUGGAUAUCGUAACUCUAUGCCGAUGUGCACAGAUUUCCAAGGCCUGGAACAUCUUAGCCCUGGAUGGAAGCAACUGGCAAAGAAUAGAUCUUUUUAACUUUCAAACAGAUGUAGAGGGCCGAGUGGUGGAAAACAUCUCUAAGAGGUGCGGAGGCUUCCUUAGAAAGCUCAGCUUGCGUGGCUGCAUUGGCGUUGGGGACACCUCCUUGAGGACCUUUGCACAGAACUGCCGAAACAUUGAGCACUUAAACCUCAAUGGCUGCACGAAAAUCACUGACAGCACGUGCUACAGCCUUAGCAGAUUCUGUUCCAAGCUGAAACACCUGGACCUCACCUCCUGCGUAUCCAUUACCAAUAGCUCCUUAAAGGGCAUCAGCGAGGGUUGCCGGAACCUGGAGUAUCUGAACCUCUCCUGGUGUGACCAGAUCACAAAGGAAGGCAUUGAGGCGCUGGUGCGUGGGUGCCAGGGCCUGAAAGCCCUGCUCCUGAGAGGUUGCACGCAGUUAGAGGAUGAAGCUCUGAAACACAUUCAGAACCACUGCCAUGAGCUCGUGAGCCUCAACCUGCAGUCCUGCUCACGCAUCACUGAUGAGGGUGUGGUGCGGCUCUGCAGGGGCUGCCACCGGCUGCAGGCUCUGUGCCUCUCAGGUUGUGGCAACCUCACGGAUGCAUCUCUCACAGCCCUGGGCCUCAACUGCCCCAGACUGCAAAUUUUGGAGGCUGCCCGAUGCUCCCAACUGACUGAUGCAGGCUUUACACUCUUAGCUCGGAAUUGCCAUGACCUGGAGAAGAUGGAUCUUGAAGAAUGCGCCCUGAUCACCGACAGCACCCUCAUCCAGCUCUCCAUCCACUGUCCCAAGCUACAAGCCCUGAGCUUGUCCCACUGUGAGCUCAUCACAGAUGAAGGAAUCCUACACCUGAGCAGCAGUACCUGUGGACACGAGCGGCUGAGGGUCCUGGAGCUGGACAACUGCCUUCUUGUCACUGACGCUUCCCUGGAGCAUCUGGAGAACUGCCGGGGCUUGGAGCGCCUGGAGUUGUAUGACUGCCAGCAGGUCACUCGUGCAGGCAUCAAGCGCAUGCGGGCUCAGCUUCCUCAUGUCAAAGUCCAUGCCUACUUCGCUCCAGUCACGCCCCCACCAGCAGUGGCAGGAAGUGGACAUCGACUGUGCAGAUGUUGUGUUAUACUCUGACAGCAGCCGCUUAGGCCAGGGGCCCCGCCCUCCACGUUAGACCAGUCUCCUGGCUGCUCCACCUUCACCCAAUCUUGAUUCUCCAUGGGGAAAGCAUUACAGGUAAAAGACUUCAGCACAGACUGCAGAAACUGGUGAUACCAUUCACCUUAACCUUGCUGGGAUGUAAGCAAAUCAAGGCCUGGGUCAGUCCUAUGUGGCAAGGGUGGUGUGAUGCAGCCCAUCAGAGGUAGGUACCUAACAAGGCCCACACACCCUUACACGGCUUUGUCAGCACCCUACACACAGACCUUCAGUGUUAGCACAACCUGAGCAGAGCAAAAGAGCCUCCUGUUGGUGUUCUGCCUGAUCCUUCAGCCAGUGGCCUACUAUAAUUCAUAGCAAUUGCUGAUUUCAGGGCCUGUCCACAUUGAAGACUUAAUAGCACCUUUAUCAAUGUGACUGACUAUAUACUGCAAACUCAGAAUGGUUGGUAGUUUCAUGUGUAGAAAUGUGUGUGAAAGGCAUGUUAACAAAUUUCCAUAAGACACCAAAGAAACGAAGACUCUAAGCUGGGUGGGGCAGGAUCUUUACCUUUCUGUUUGUGUCAACUUGUCAUACCCAACUCUAGGGACCAAAAAUUUAAAAAAGCAACCCACUUUGCAUUGAUCCACUGGAGAUUAUAAGAUCAGCCAUAUGCUACAGCAUAUAGUGCAUUUUUGUUAAAGGAAAAAAGCCAAUUAUGUUCACACUUCUCAAAAAUU